GAACACUAAGGCUGCAGUCCUGGGGCCAGUACGAGCAGGACAGACCCGGGUGUGAGGGCGACCACCCUGUGACCACCAAUGUGGGCCCUGAAGCCUGGCCUCACGCAGUUCCUCGCGGCCCCCAGCCCCUGGUGGGGCCUAAGGUCGCCCUCGGGGAGCCGAGUUUUCCCAGCUCAAGGGACAGCCACUGGGGCGGGACGGGCAAUUUCUACAGUCCUGAGCACGUCUGGAAAUCCCAGCAACUGCAGGACGCGGGAAGAUGCCGCGGCGCGCAGCGAAGGGCACGCCAGGAGCGGGACCCGGCAAGCCGCGCGCAGAGGGGGCGGCUGCGACGGAGGCCCCCAGGCCUGGCUGGGCGCUGACGCUGGAGGCGCUCGCGGCCAUGCCCCUCAAGCAACGCCGCCACCACCUGCUCUUCAGCGACCUGCUCGAGGACAGGGACGCGGCCGCCACCAUCUUCCCGCGCGAGUCGGCGGAGCUGGGGUACAGCAUGCCCGACCCGCGCGCCUGGACGCAGCCUCGGGACCGGCCCGUGGGGCGCGCGAACCUGCUCCUGGGCGUGCUCAAGGCGGCGGAGGCCCGCGGACGCGUGCGCGCCCUGAGGCUACGCUACAUCCGCAUGCGGGCGGAGGAGAUCACGCUCCUGAUCCGGCAGCAGGGCUCUGCGCGCGCUGCCAUCCGGCUCGAGCUGUUCCUGCCGCCACAGCUAAAGCCGACGCGGAUCCGGGAUCCUCUGGACCGGCAAGAGAGGCGGCACGUGGAGACCAUCCUGGAGGAAGCCGUGGAUGGCAGCAUUUUCCCGCGGUGACAGCGAACUAGAGUGUGCGGCCUCGCCCCACCCUCGUACAUAAAGUUCUUCUCUAAGGGCUCUCUGGUAUUUUCCCUCGCAGUCCCCAGGCCCCCGCAGAGAAGGGGGAGUAUGGACACUGACUGUCCUACACCAGCGAUCACAGACACCAGGGACAGCAGUGGGGCUCCCCUACAAAGUAAGGAGAUGUGAGAGGGUGGGUGUCAAAGUAGUAUGGUGAGGACAGCCCAUCCCCCAAUCCCAGCCUCCCCUAUCCGAUAUCUGGUGUCCUGGGGGACCACCAGAGACCCCCAGUGCAGAAGAAGUCAGGAGAACCUGCCUCACACCAGUGCCCCCCAGAAGCCCAGAAAGGCACUCAUCCCCUGCACAUGGUGGCACUCUGGGAGAGAGAGACUGACUACACAAGCCAAAGCUAGCCUUUGGAGGGUUACCACCUGUGCCCAGAGGUGGAGACCUAGAGCCAGUGGAAGGGGUGCCCCAGGGAGAGGACAAAAGACCCAUCCUCUGGUCUUCUUUUCAUCCUGAAUGAUAAUCUCCUGUGCCCCACUGACAAACAAGCCUGAACCCUUCAAGACCGCUAGACUCUAGAAAGCCCCUGGUUUCUGGGCAGCUCUUUUUUCUCCAGGGUGGGCUCUUUGCAGAACCUGGGGCUCCUCUAGGCCCUUCCUCCCAGCCCCUGUCAAGAAGGCUACACAGCUGAGAGCUACAGGGAAACACACAGCCCCAGUCCCUGCCAAGAGAUUUCCAUUGGCUCUGCAGGGAGCAGAGGACAGAUCUGGAGGAAAAGGCUGAAGUCAGACCUGGAGUCCACCAAGCAACACAUUCACUGGUGGCCAUCCCCCAAUCCUUUAGAACCUCUGCCCCCUCAGCCAGCCCUGCUCCCCCGGUACCUGACCCUUUGCCCACUGCAGGCUAUUAGUGCCCUGGCCUUGAUCCAAGCCAGACUGUGCAGAGAUCACAAGUCAGCAGCAGCUCACGGGGGAGCACAGUCUCAGAGAGAGGGAGGUAGGAUGAGGGGCCAGAAAGAUGGUGGGCUUGGCAGGAGCAGACAAGGAAGGGGAGCAAUCUCUUUGUUCACCAGUAGCAGCCCCUCACACCCUGAUGUGGGCCUCCUGGGCUUCUCCUGCCAAGCUCCCUACCAUCUGGAGCCCAGCAUUUUGUCUCUUGGGUAUUUACAGAGUGCCUAGAAGAAUUUAUCUGCUUAGUAAAGUGACAUAUUUAUUUCA